AUGUCAUUCCUCGCCAGGAGUCUAAGGCCGCUGCAGCGGGCGACAAUAUAUAGGAAUACGGCAGUAUGGGCUCGCGAUAUCCACUCCUCGCCUAUCCGCUUCCAUCCUCAAAAAGACGACACGUACAAUGCGUCUCCGUCGCCGCCAAUAUCUCCCACGGUUCAAGCUACAGCGGAGACCGAGGGCACGGAACCACCAACAGAGGGCGAGAUCACCGCACGCGCUUAUGAAUUCCCCUGGCUGUACGACGGGUCUAGUUAUUUAUCAAGGAUCCCUCACUAUCCAUACCCAAAGGCGCCCAAAGUUUGGUCGAUGCUGGGCUUGAUCCCUCAGUCUAUUCAAUAUAUGAUCUGCAAAUCGGCAUGCGAGCGGAUGCUUCGGAACAAUACUUCAUCAGAAUACUAUCCAGACCAGUUUCUGAAAGGAGCUGGCAUGGCUAUCCAUCAAAUGCUGCCGCUGCUUUCAACAAACAUCGACCGCUCACCGCUUACCAACAUGAUGACACAAGAACUCUACGACUACUUUGAAUCUGAACUUCAACGGCAGGAAGAAGUCAAGUCGGAUGUUUCGAUCAAACUGGCAGCAGUUCAUGAUGGCGUAGUCAAAGAUGUAUGGGUUCUGCUGGGACCCAAGCUAAAGAGCGGCUCAACCCGAGGCUUUAUCCGAUGGAGAUGGCAGUCCUUGACCAUCGCGCUCAGAGCAGCAACAGAUCAGAUGUCCUCGAGAGACCAGGUUGCCCAGAUGAUGAUGGAGGGCGUGCAGUUCAAGGUCGACGUCGAGUUUGACGCCUCGAUCGACUACACGAUUCAGUCAAAAGUCAUGGAUUCCGACGUGAUCUCUGACUUUACUCGACGCCCACUUCUUGUCCGGUUCGAAUCGCCUUUUUUUGAGCCUGCGGAGCAAAUGGUCAAGUCCAGGAGCCUGUCCCGACCGGACGAGGCACCCGUUGACUGGAACUGGCGCGUCUCCGAUAUCGAUUACCUGCUGGAACAGGACUAUAUUGAGCGGCGCAAGCGGGAAGAUAUUAAGGAUGAGGAACAUGCGCAGCGGGAGAUGGAAAUGUAA